AUGAAUGACCUUGUGUUUGUGAUGUACAACUUGAAGUUGAGAGAGAGACAAAGGCAAAGGCAACGUGUUAUUGAAGAAAUUCCUUUUGAGAAUUUGCCUUCAGAUGAUGAAUGGGUGACAGAGAGAGAAAAUCCAACUCUUCCAAGAGAAAAUAGCUGGUUACGAGUUCUAGAUGACAAUCCCAAAUGUGACACUUCAGAUGAAGAGGGAAAUGAAGAUGAUGAAAUUGAAAUACUUACAAGAAAUGUGCAGAGAGUUUAUGAUCAUGAAGAUCGUCAAACCCAUGUCCGUCGAAGACAAGUUAAUAAAAUGAAAGAGAUUCAUGUUAUUGAUGAGGAUGAUGGGCCUUCAACUGAAUUUGACCGCCAAGAUGAUGAUUAUCUUGAUAUGGUUCCCGAAACUGAUCUUCAAAUGGGAACUAAUGAUUUGGAUGAUACUAAUUUGGAUGGUGAUGAAGAUAAUGCCGAAGAUGAAUUCCAAGAGAAUUGGGAUGGUGAAGAUGAUUGGGAAAAUAAUGAUUUUGAUAAUAUGGAUUAUGGGAAUAAUGAAUUUGAUUCAAACGAUGAAAAUGAUUGGUUAUAA